UUUUGUAGAUAACAGACAGAGAGAGAAAGUGGAGAGUGAGAGAGAGAGAGAGAGAGAGAGAGAGGAAUAAUCAUUUGAAAAGAGAUGCCACAGAGGGACAUUUAUUUCACGUAGUGAUACCACCCUCAAGCCAAAACUUUUCUGACAUCAAAAGGUGAGAAGGGAUAAAUGCUCAGAGUUCAGGAAUAGAGAAGUUCUAAUGCAGUGACCAGUGUGCAGCGACAUAUAGAUCUAAGCAGCAAUCUCCAAACCUCAACACUACGGUUCUACUUUCCUACUUUCUUCACUGGUGCGACUACUGACAUUCUGGAUAAGCAAGGUUUGAGUACUUCCGAAAGCUUCGAAACAAAAUCUAGUGCUUUUGUCACUGGAUCUAUAGGUACCAGUUCCUAUGAAACUCUAACCACAUUGGACUGUACCAAUACACAUCCCAUUUGCCUUAUAUCAUGGCUGGCAGAAGGGUUUGUAAUUUCUGGAUAAUGUGGUCAUCCACCACAUCUGUUUUACUUGCCUUCCUCCUAAUGUUUGGGGGGCCUUUUUUUGCACAAAGUAACCCUAUCAGCUCCCCGGAGAAGCUUCGAACUGCUCCCGGGCUGGAUGAUGGGCAUGGAGGGGUGGUGGACCCCUCACUCCUAGAGCAGAACAGUGAGGUGGACAUGCAGAGCUUGCUGGAAACCCUGAAGGGGCAGUUUCUACGCACCUUCAACCUGUCAGGUCCCGGUGCCCCUACGCAUCUGGGGGCCACUCGCGUAGAGCCCCCCGAGUACAUGCUGGAGCUCUACAACCGCUUCGCCAAUGACCGGACCGCCAUGCCUACUGCAAACAUUGUACGCAGCUUUAAAAACGAAGACUCCUCCCCAUGCAACGUGGGACCUGGUGAGGUGAGAAAACACCCACUUCUCUUCAACGUGUCCAUCCCAUACCACGAGAAAGUCACCGCAGCUGAGCUCCGACUUUACACUCUGGUCCAAACAGACCGCCACAAAUACGCUGGUGUUGACAGAAAAGUGACAAUAUAUGAAGUGAAACAGCAAGAAACUAACAACAGUCAGCAAAUAAGAGGGGACGAUAUUGAGGGAGGAGGGAAACCCAAACAAGAGGGUGAAACUGAACUAGUGGAGUUGGCAUCUCGACAGGUGUACGGAACAGAUAAUGGAUGGGAAACUUUCGACAUGACAGCAGCAGUGCACCGUUGGAGAAAAUCAGACUAUGGCACCACGCACAGGCUGGAGGUCCAUAUAUCCAGUUUGAAUUCUCAGAGUGCUGCAGUAUCCGAAGGUGAGGAUAGUGGCAAAUCCAUAGGAGGGGGCAUGGACAUUGACACAAGUCUGGAGGAUAAGCACAACCCCUUAAUGAUUGUCUUCUCUGAUGACCAGAGCAUAGAUCACCGUGGAGACAAACGUGAGCUGAAUGAGCUGAUCCAGCAUGAGACCACUGGGAGGGGCUUUCAGGACAACCUUGAGCAGGAGCUGACUGGUCUUUGGGAGGGCCUAGGGCUUACAGGACAAAAAGAUGGCAAUGAGGAGGAGGAGCCAAGUGACGAAGCUCUCCUACAGAUGCGCUCCAACCUCAUCUAUGACACAGCAUCUAGAAUCCGACGCAAUGCCAAAGGCAACCAGUGUAAAAAGAAUUCCCUCUAUGUUGACUUCAAAGACAUUGGCUGGGACAGCUGGAUCUUGGCACCCCCUGGAUACGAAGCCUUUGAGUGUACAGGGAUGUGCACUUACCCUAUGACCAAACACGUUACACCAACAAAACAUGCUAUUGUACAAACUCUGGUCAGCCUGAAAAGUCCACAGAGAGUGUCCAAGGCUUGUUGCGUACCUACUAAACUAGAUCCCAUCUCUUUACUUUACCUAGAUGAUGCAGGUGUGGUUACAUAUCAGUAUAAAUUUGAAGGUAUGGUGGUAGCAGAGUGUGGAUGCAGAUAGAAUUGAAUGGACACAGGGAAAUAGGGUGAAGCUGGGCCAAAGCUUAGGAAUUGGAUUGGAAGGAGACUAAAAGACAUUAAUUGUCUCAGAACCAGCCACAACUAUGGCCUACAUACCAAGUUUCUUCCAAACGGCAGUGGAUGAGCUUUUACUCCCAACCUUAAAGCGCUAUCAGGAGUCAUGAAAUCAAUUAUGAAAUCAGCCUGUAUUUGAUUCAAAGUUACACAAAGGUGUUGCAGCAGAGGACUAUGUGACACAAUGCAAGCUUUUUUGGAAAUAGAGAAGAUUUCAUUCCAGCUGAACAGGGAUUGGGUGGAACAUAAGCCACUAAUUAAACCACAGACAUGCCUCAAGAUCAGCCAGGAUAAAUGAGCUGUUCUUAUCAGUAAAGACUGUAGUUUAAGUUAGAGAUUGUAUCAACUCAAACUCGUGACAUACUUGGCCAUAUCAUUUGCGUCAGCAAAGUCCUUGCUAAGUGGGUGUUUCAUAGAGAUGGCAGCUCAGAGGAGAGGGUUUGUGAACUCAAGCACCAUAGGGUCAUUUCACUGACCCUGCCAUAGACAAGAAGCUUGUGAAACUGGCUGUUUCCAGUUUUCACAAAGCACAGUAUCGUAUCUGUCAUGACUCAGCCACGUCAAUACAGUGUUUCCUGCCUCACUAAAUGCAUUUGUUAGGAACUGUCCAACUUAAAGAAAAAACAUUAUCUGGAAAGUCUUGUGAAAAGGGGAUAGAGUAAAACAGACCAGAAUGGACUGGUCUGUAUUUCUGUAUCUGUAUUAAAACAACUACUAAUCUGGAUUUUUACAGUUAGCAGUCACUACUGCAAAAGUAGUACGUGGACACUCUUUUUGUCUUAGUGCCAAGAUCAAGCAACAAAAAGACAAACGUAAAACGACUCUUCAAUAAUUAAUUUAUAAAUGUUGAGUUGCCUUAAGCCUUUCUAUUCAAUACAAAGACAAUAUCAUUGUCUGCAUUCAAGCAUGGAAUUAACUCAGAAAUCUGCAUGUCAUUCACGGACUACUUGCACCACUGCUGAAAUAUGUGAAUGGGGCAUUGACAGAGGAUUCAAUCUGCUUCUACUGCUUGGUUGGUCUGCCUUAUUCCAUUGGUGACAGAAAUACAAGACAAGGGGUAUUGAGGGGAUAUUAGCCCCCUCCUGCUCAACGUGCCGUGCACGAAGCACUCCCUACCCCUCAGCAGGGCCAUGAUAAGGAGGAGUCAGGACAGAGAAACAUGUUUGUGGUUCACAGAACCUGGGAAUGAGAGGGUAGUUUGGCAAUUUCAAUCAUAUUAAUUUUCUGACUGUAAUCUAUCCAAAGGCAAAGACACAUCAUUUACCCCCCACUGAUUUACUGACACUGUCCUCUCAAAGACUUGCUCCCAUGCAACCUUUUCAUCCUGAGGGGAACAGAUCCCCUUUUGGACCCUUAUCACUGUUAGGGCAAGAGGAUGUAUGGAAAUUGUCUUCCAAGGUCAUAUCAACCCUUAGAUAUACUUCACAAGACUUUUCAGUCAUCACCAUGCCUGAUUGUAUCUGCAAGGUUUAUUCCCAUGCCUGAAACAUACUUUACAUUACUGAACAUUGUGUUGUUGAAAUAUAAGGUGUUCUGCUGCUUGGAUUUAACAUAAAGUUUAUUUAUUGAUUAAUUUAUUAUUUUUGCCUUUGUAUAGCAACACUGUGCAAUGAUUACAUACACUAUACUGAAUACAUGACAUGAUUGUGCAAAAAAUAAAAAAAUAAAAAUUUAUGAAAAAUGUAUUCAAAUUAUAAUUGUAAUAAUUUAUACUUUGGUAUCUACUAUGUGUUGUAAAGAAGGGUGGGAAUCAGCAGGGACAUUGAUAUGUAUAUGAUUCACAAUAUGAUAGCAUUGUAAUUUUUAAGUUUAGUGUAUAGUUAUUUAAAACUGUCAUUUAUUUAGAUCUUUUACUCUGUGUCUGAUUUUGGACAAAUAUAUAUGCAUUGACCUUAUGCAACAGUAUGUUUUGCCUUUUCUUAGACUUGCUCUGAAUGGUGUUCAAUCUCCUGUGAAAAUGUUGUAAAUGUGAAAACUUGUAUGUGAAAAUUAUGGUAAUACUUCAAGAUUUUUUCUUGCAAUGAGUGCAUUUACAAGCACAAGUUUAUGCUUUGACAUUUAAAUCAGAGAAUAACCCAAUGAUUUAAAAUCUUAUGUAAAUGUGGUUUUCUUGCAUUCAGAUUUUUUGAAUAAUCAGAUUUUUGAUAGUUUUCAUGUAAAUGCACUCAAUCUUUACAAUGUUUUCAUCAAUCACUUUACAAGCACUGACUUCUCGUUAGGCUUUGUAUAUAUUUAGUUUGUUGAUCCUUGCACCCAGACACUCCAUGUCCUUAACAAGAUAUAUUUAGCCACAGUCUGUCCAGAGCUUGCUGUUUAGAGAGUGGGCAUGGGAGCAAUUCUUAAAUGUAAUUUUCCCUUGAAAACCAGAAGCUAAAAGUCCCAUAGUUUACAUGUGUCAAACAGAUCCACAUUCAUGGGAAGCUGACUGGAAACUAAUGACCACACAGGCUCAUCUUGAGACUGUGCAGAUAUACUGAGUUCUUUUUUGGGGGGUUGGGGUCUUAAAAAAAUGACAAUUUGUUUGAGAUGUGAAGUAAGCUUUGGUAAUUAGCAAAUCGCCAGUUGCCAUUGUAAAAACAAUGUAUUUGCCAUAUACAAGUGCACA